AUGCACCUGCCCCGCGACCUCCGGCGGCGCGUCUGCGAGUACUACCGCCACGUCUGGCACCUGGACCGGGGGAGCCUGCUGGGCGACGGCCGCGGGGCCCCGGCCGGCGGCGCGGGCGCGGCGCCCAAGGGCGGCGGCUUCCUCGGGGACCUGUCGCCCGCGCUCCGCAACGAGGUCAAGAUGCACCUCUUCGCGGAGAUGCUCCGGGCAAACCCGCUCUUCCAGUCGCCCCGGGUCCAGGCCUGCGCGGGCCUCGUCGAGGCCGUCGUCGAGCGGCUCUUCACGACCGUCUACCUGCCCGGGGACACGAUCCUCCGCAAGGGCGAGACGUCGCCGUGGAUGGGCUUCAUCGGCACGGGCGGCCGCGUCGCCGUCGUGCUGCCUCCGGCCGACGAGACCCAGCAGCCCAAGACGCUCAAGAUCCUCCACGAGGGCGACAUCAUCGGCGAGCUCGGGCUCAUCUUCUCGGCCCGCCGGUCGACGGACGUCCGCGCGCUCGUCUGCGUCCGCGUCCACGUGCUCUCGCGCGACGCGUUCAACGCCAUCAAGGCCCAGUACCCGGCCGAGGGCGACCUCCUGGAGACGGAGAUCGCCAACAGCCUCGUCAAGCGCGGCCGCAUGAGCGAGGCCGACGUGCUCAAGCUCACGAAGAAGCGGACGAAGCGCCGCUCGCGCCGGAAGCGCGACGACGGCGACCGCCGCUGGUCCGCGUGA